AUGCGAUUCCUCAACUCCCUGACGCCAGCCCUCGCGCUGUUUGCGGCCGGUGCCGCGCAGGCCGCCUCAUCAUGGGGAUUCGACAGUGCCACUGUCUCGAUUACUGGCAAGGGCAAGGAUGCCACCAAAGAGAAGUUGAGCGCGACAUCUCCUCUCAAGACUGCCCUCUCUCUGGGAGCCAAGGAUACCCUCAAGGUCAUCUUGACGGCCAAGGAGGGCGACAAGGCCAAGCGCCCGCAUCAGGCCUUCUUGAUCCUCAAGGAGACCGAGUCUGGCCUCGAGGCCCCCUUCCCCCUUGAGCUUAAGGACACUGGCCGAGGCGUUGUCGACAUUGCCCAGAAGGACCUCCCCGUCCAGCUCCUCCUCGCCAACGAACCCCUCAAGGCCAGCAUCGUCAUCGGCUCCUUCGGUGCCGCCAAAGCCCUCGAAACCACCCUCUUCGACGUCUCCGUGAGCCGCGACGCCAGCGCCGCCGCCCCGACCUACGACGCUCCCCUCCGCUACGGCAAGCAGCCCGAGAUCAGCCACAUCUUCCGCGAGGACCCCCGCAGCCCUCCCAAGAUUAUCUCGCUGGCCUUUGUCAUUGCCGUUCUGGCCACGAUUCCCGUUCUCCUCAUUGGCUGGCUCUCUCUCGGCGCCAACGUCAACCACAUCCAAAAGGCCCUCGGUGCCGCGCCUCUCUCCCACGUCGCCUUCUUUGGAUCCAUCGUAGCCAUGGAGGGCGUCUUCUUCAUGUACUACAGCGCCUGGACCCUCUUCCAGACCCUGCCCGCCGUCGCCAUCGUCGCGACCUCCAUCUUCCUGAGCGGCACCAAGGCCCUCGGCGAGGUCCAGAGCCGUCGUCUCUCCGGUCAGCGGUAA